AUGAUGCUCGUACUUCUUGCGUGUUGGAUACCCGCGUGUUUGGGCUACUCGUGGCCUAGCGAUGAAACUACCACACGACCACCUUACAAGGACUUUCACAGCGAUCCGUUGGUCGUGGAGACCACCAGUGGUCUAGUUCGCGGAUACUCCAAGACCGUUCUCGGCCGAGAAGUGCACGUCUUUACUGGAAUCCCUUUUGCCAAGCCUCCAUUGCGCCAACUCAGAUUCAAGCGACCCGUACCCAUUGACCCAUGGCAUGGUAUCCUAGAUGCUACCAAGAUGCCUAACUCCUGCUACCAAGAGCGUUACGAGUACUUUCCAGGAUUUGAAGGCGAGGAGAUGUGGAACCCAAACACUAACAUUUCGGAAGACUGCUUGUAUCUUAACAUCUGGGUGCCUCAGAGGCUGCGUAUAAGACAUCAUGCUGACAAGCCACCGAUGGAGCGUCCGAAAGUGCCAGUGCUGAUCUGGAUCUAUGGAGGCGGAUACAUGAGUGGUACUGCUACCCUAGAUAUCUACAAUUCUGACAUCAUCGCAGCUACAAGCGACGUGAUAGUUGCCUCUAUGCAAUACCGUGUGGGCUCUUUUGGAUUUCUAUACCUCAACAAGUACUUCCCACGUGGUAGUGAAGAAGCUCCCGGCAAUAUGGGAAUGUGGGAUCAGAUCCUGGCUAUCAAAUGGAUUAAAGAGAACGCGGCAGCGUUCGGAGGUGAUCCAGAUCUAAUAACUCUAUUCGGUGAAUCAGCGGGAGGAGGUUCAGUUAGCAUCCAUCUGAUCAGUCCUGUAACCAAAGGGCUGGCAAGAAGAGGCAUCUUGCAAUCUGGGACGAUGAAUGCCCCUUGGAGCUACAUGACAGGAGAACGUGCAGAACAAAUUGGGAGAAUCCUAGUCCAAGACUGUGGUUGCAAUGUUUCAGAACUGGAUACUACUCCACAACGUGUCAUGGAUUGCAUGAGGGGAGUUGAUGCGAAGACAAUCUCGUUACAACAAUGGAAUUCGUAUUCUGGAAUUCUGGGGUUCCCGUCUACACCCACGAUUGACGGGAUUCUUUUAACCAAACAUCCGAUGGAUAUGUUAGCUGAAGGAGAUUAUGAAGAUAUGGAGAUCUUACUGGGAAGCAACCAGGACGAAGGUAAGUGUUUGCUAUUCAAUUUCAAGUCAGGACUAAAGUAA